AUGUAUUCAUUCAUUCAGAUUCAUGGAAAGGAAGAUGUCAAACCAGUCGAUCGCGAACGGCGACAACUCAUUCGCCAGGUGGCGAUGAUCAAAGCUGGAAGGGCCAGAAAGAUUAAAACUGCACGCAAUCGACCUUUGCCACGCAACCCAAUUGUCUCUUUACCUAUUAAUCCAAUGCUACUGGAAACUCAGCAACCACAGUUACUUUAUAAAGAGCUAGGAUCAGGUCGCCGAGAUCCUUUUACCGCUUAUCCUGUGCAAAUGUCUCUUCGCAUGCACGAAAUUAUUGAGCAGCUUUACGUCGACCCAAAAAAACACUUUUGCGGCUUCCGUUACUUCUGGCUUCCCAUAGCCAUGGGAGACCCUGCUGCAUUCCAUCAGCUACUUUGUAAUGUUUCGUUAGCAGCCGCAAAAUUCACAGGAUCUCCAGAAAGAAACAAGGAAGAGUCAGUUAUUCACCAUAAUGCAGCAAUAAACAACGUCUUGAGUCGUCUAAGAGUGACUGGUAAGGAGCAGGCCGCCAGCCUUGUCCUUCCCAUUCUUGCUCUUGCCCAGCAUGCCAAUAUGUACCGCGACGCUGCAAAAUUUGAAGUGCACUUUACAGCUCUUGAAAAAGUGGUACAAAUUGGUGGCGGCCUUGAAAAUAUGACACUGGAACCUUAUACUCGCCUUCUGCUACUCUUUGUCGAAGUGAAUUCUCGCGCUCGGAAUGACAGCCUUCCAUUGUUUCCCCUACCAGUUGACCUCUUGGGAUCUUUUCAAAUCAGCUCCGCCAAUAUUGAGGAUACAGUUUAUAGAGAUCUCAUCUUGAUAUCGCCGUUUAGAUCACUUUUCCCAGAUGGCAUGGACUCGUUUGCUCAAACAUUGUGCGAUACGAAGAGCCUAGGAGAAAAAUUAAACUCCCAAAUAUUCAGCAGUUCUAUAAUUACACAGAGUCUAAGAGAUGCCACGAGGAUUUCUGCUCUUCUGGGUCUAGCAGCAGUCCGAAGACGAUUUUUAGCCUUUCAAGUUUUCAUCGAUAUUCACCUCGCAAAAUUAAAGGAUCUCCUAAACUUUCUAUUCCCCAUGGUUCUUUGUCAUGAAGAAAGCAACGGAAUCAUAUUAUUUUGGCAGUUCUUCAUGGGAGGUAUGGAGGCAGCUGACCCUGAGGACUGGUCAUGGUUUGCAACUGGCAUUUCGAUGUUAGCAACCCAACUUGAAGUUGAAUCCUGGGCAGCCGCAAUGACGAUCCUUCGGAGCAUUUUCUGGAUUGAUUCAGUGCAUUCUUCGCGAGGCCGUGCGUUAUGGGAUGCGUCCCAGAGUAUCAUGACUUUACUCUAG